GAUAUAUGACUAUCAAUUGUUCUCUAUUGUUUAUAAUUUCAACUACUAAACAUAUUUUCAUCAUGUAAUUUAAAAAAUUAAACUUUUUAUAAUAAUUAAACUUCAUUUUUUUUCAUAAUAAUAUGUUACCCAAAAAAUUAAUUCCCAAGUAAAUAAACAAAAAAAAUAUAAAUAAAUAACUCACUGAUGAUUAAUGUUUCACAGUUAUUCGAUAUAAUCAAAUGAAGAUAAACAUUUUGUUACAUAUUUUAUUGAAAACUACAAUGGUAAUCAUAAUACUUAUAAUUAACAGUAUGAAAUUUUCUCAUACACAAUCAUGGCAAAAUACAUUACGUUUAGCAAAACGACAUACACAUCAUGAUGAUAUUGAUAUAUUAAAAACUGCAUUAGAUAAUUUUGUAUAUAAAAUGGAUAAUCGUAAAUAUAUUCAAAGACCAAGUCAUUUAGUCAAUAUAACAAAUAAUUAUGAAAAGAAUAUAACACAUUUCAAUAAUCAAUUAGAUAAUAAUAAUGAGUUAAUUUUAGCAAAUUAUAGCAGUGAUACAAAUGCACUGAUUGAUGAUAUUCAAGAAAAUAAUUUAAAAAAUUAUUUUAUUGAUCAAACAGUUAAAAAUUUAAAAAAUACAAAUUCAAAGAACAAUUUAUUUACACAAGUUCAUAGUUCAUCGAAUACAUCUUUUACUUGGAAUAUAUUACAAUUUUCAUUUGGUUUAUUAUGUUUUAUUAUACACGUUACAUGGUUCAUAUGGUUAAUAUGUCAUACUGUAUUAUUUAAAAUAUGUCAGCAAUCUAUUAGUUCACAAUUUGAAACCGUUUCUCAUUCUAAUAAAAAUAAAAUCAGUGAAAAUGAUUUACUUAUUAAACAUAAUCAAUUAACAAUGCAUUCAGAAUUACAUUUAGGUUUUAUAGGAACUAUUUAUGGUUUUAUAAUAUCAAUUAGACAAUUAUCAAGUCCAUUUGUAGAUCCUAAAUCAACCACUUCAUUAGAUCAAACUAGUUUAGUUAAUCGUAAUUAUUUAUUAUGUUAUUUUACAAGGCAUAUAUUACUUGGACUUUUAACAGUUUACUGGAUUACUAUAUUUAUUAUCAUUCUUAUAAAUACACAUUAUAUAAAAUCAAUUUAUGUUAUGAAUACUUCAAAAAUUCCAUUAAUUAAUAAUGUAUUUGUUAUUUUGUAUAUAAGUUUUAUUGUAUCAUGGAUAUUUUCUAUUGUUAUACGUAUAGGUAGUUUAUUAAUUAAUUAUAAUUUACAAAAAUUUAAAAUAAAACAUUUAUUUAAUACAAAUUAUAUCCCUAUUCAACAAGUAUUACAUUUUGAAUGUAUUAAUAUAAAAAAUAUAGAACAUCAAAAAAUGUAUUUUUAUAUUGUAUGUAAUCAAACAACAUUAGAACAAUGGCUUGAAAUAAUCACUAAUAUAUUAAGUGAUAUAUUACCAAAUUUUUUAGUAUUUAGUAUAAGUAUAUUUAAUUGUUCUAUAUUGUUUAAAUUACGUAAUCAUUCAUAUAAAUAUAUUCAUUCAAUUAAACAAAUAAUAAAAUUUUCAAAUAAUAGUAAUAAUAAUAAUAAUGAUAUAAAUAAUAAUGAGAAUAUAAUUAAAUUAAAUAAUUUAUCAAAUAGUAAAGAUAAAAGAAAAAUAAGUAAAAUAUGUAAAACAUUAACAUCAACACCGUUGACAUCAACACCAUCAUCAACAUUAACAUCCUCAUGUUUAAUGUAUCAAUGUGAUAUACCAAUUCAAUAUAAAAAACAAAAUAAUCAAUUAAAUAAUGAUAAUAUAUUAAAUAAACAAACAAUACAAUUCAAUAUAUUAUAUAAAAUAAAUCAAAUCAUAUAUUUUUCAAUUAGUUUAAUCAUAAUAAGUUUUUGUUUAUUAAUUAAUCAUUUAUUACGUUUAAUUAUUUAUGGUAAUUUAAUGAAAACACAAAUGAAUUAUUGUAAUUUAUGGAAUUUUAAUCAAGAUUUAAAUGAACCGGAAAAUAUAAAAUUAUUUAAAUAUAUUUAUGAAAAUUUACACAUUCCACAUCAAUAUUUACAAGGUUGUAUAUUAAUGGAAAUAUUUAUUAUAACAUUUAUACCAAUUAUAUGCUUUAUUAUAAGACGUUGUAAAUAUUUAUUUUAUAAAUUAUGCUUUAAAUUAUAUAAAAUAAAUAAUUUAAAACAAAUAAUAAAUAAUGAUUUAUAUAAAAAAAGAUCAGAAUGUUUGUAUGAUAAAUCAAUAAAAAUGGAUUAUAUUGAUCUAUCUAAAUUAACAAUACCAAUUAGUUCACCUAUAACAUUAAAUACUAAUGAUGAUAUUGGUAAUCAAAGUACUAUUACUACUUCUUUAUCAUCUACAACACAAUGUUGUCAAUUAUCAAUGGAUACGAUAAUUCCACCUUGUGAACUAUUAAAAUUACAAACAUUUACAAGAGCACAAUUUGAACAAAAACCUCAAUUAUUAAUAGAUAAAGAAACACAUUUAAAAUCUAUAAAUGCAAAUAUGCCGACAUGUUCUAAUGAAGUGUCAGAACAACAGACAAUAACAACAACAACUUUUGUACCAGUUUCUAUAAAAUUAGUAAAUUUACAACCAUUAUGUUGUCAAUCAUGUGAUAUAUUUACAGGUGGUACAAAAAUCUUAUCUAAACCAGAUGAUACUGUGAUAGAAUGUGAAUAUUUAAAUAAUAGUUGCAUUUAUCCUAUUGAAACUACAGGGUCAGUUGUAAAAUUACAUGUUGUAUCAGAUUCCAGUGGAUACGAUGAAUAGUGGUAUUAUUUACAAAAGUAUUAACAAAAUACAGAAUAGGAAUAAAAUGCAAUACCUUCAAUUUUUCAUGAAAUAUGGGAGAAAAUAUUAUCAUGACGAGAUUUACGAAGUAUAAUUUAUUAGAUCGUGGUUGGUGGAUAUUAGCAAACUAGAGGGAAGAGUAAAUUCAAACCUAGAAAAAUUACUACACAUGUAUAUUAUUAAAAAAGAGGAAUUUAAUUUUCUAAAACCUAUGGGUUCCGAGUACCCUCAUUUAUAUGGACUACCUAAAAUUCAUAAACCAAACACUCCUUCACGUCCAAUUCUAUCAAUGUGCAGAUCACCUACACAUAACCUGGCUAAAUGGUUAACAAAGCUGUUG